UGCAGAGAGGUGGUGGGAUUUGCACAAACAACCAGCCGUGGCUCAUGCAUCAGGAUAUUGGAUGCAGCUGUGGUUUCCUGAAGAAACGCUGGGAUUUAAUGAAAAAUAACUGAGAGGGGAGAACGAUUUUAGCCCUUGGUAACACGUGGGAUAUAAAGACUAGGGAGACUUGGGUGGAAACAAAGGAUUAAGCAGCAGAGGAGGAGUGAAAGAAGAAAAGCCACUAGAUAGGUGGAAAAACAUCAAAGCAGCAGUGCCGUCGACCUCUGCCUGUUGAUCCGCAAUGGCUGUCCAGCUGAAUGAGCUUUUCUUCAUCUGCCUUACCAUCACACAGGGUGGUUGUAUGUUCCCUAACAACCACUGGGGUGAAUGGAAUGACUCUCAGCUUCAGCCCACCAUUCAGAGACUUAUGAAGGGAUACAAUCGCUACCUUAGGCCUAAUUUCAAUGAAGGUCCUGUGGAAAUUGGAAUGAGUCUGGAUAUUGCCAGCAUUGAUGCCAUCUCUGAAAUAAAUAUGGACUACACAGCAACCAUUUUCCUUCGUCAAAGGUGGCGCGAUUCCAGGCUGGUGUUUCCUGGGAAUGAGAGCGUGAGUGUGGACGGACGGCUGGUGUCAUUGCUAUGGAUACCGGAUACUUUCAUCCCAGACUCAAAGCGGUCCUUCCUUCACGAUGUGACAGUGGAGAACCGUCUCAUCCGCAUAUUCAGUAAUGGCACUGUUCUUUACGCCCUUCGCAUCACGGCCACAAUUGCCUGCAACAUGGAUUUAACCAAAUACCCCAUGGACAAACAGGUGUGCACCCUGCAGCUGGAGAGCUGGGGCUAUAAUAUACAGGACGUGGUGUUCUACUGGACAAGAGGGAAUGAUUCAGUGAAAGGUUUGCACACCUUGCGGCUGGCUCAGUACAGUGUGGAGAGCUACUAUACAUCGGUGUCGGAGGCUGUGUACGAAACAGGUCAUUACCCGAAGCUGGUGCUGCAUUUUUCCCUGCGCAGAAAUGUCUUGUUCUUUAUCUUGGAGACAUAUGUCCCCUCCAUUCUGCUUGUGGUUCUCUCCUGGGUGUCUUUCUGGAUCAGCCAGUCUUCUGUGCCAGCUCGAACAUGCAUUGGAGUGACAACCGUCUUGACCAUGACUACUCUCAUGAUGGGUGCCCGCACAUCCCUGCCCAAUGCUAACUGCUUCAUAAAGGCAAUAGAUGUUUACUUGGGCAUCUGUUUCACCUUCAUUUUUGGUGCACUGUUGGAAUAUGCCUGUGCUCAUUUUUAUACAAUGCAGCUUCAAACCAUAGAGGAUUUACACAGGGAGUUUUUGAGGGAGUUUGCUGAGUCUAAUGGAAGUGGUUUAGUCCCAGUUGUCAGCUCCAACCAACCGAACCAGUCCGUGGAGGUGCAGAGGACAGAGGAGCCAACUGAGGAGCCAGUGGACAGUGACAUUAGGAACCAUGCUGCUUCAACAGAAAAAGUGCGGAGUCAGGGCUGCGGCUUGUCAUCUGUGAAAGAUGCCUCACGUAGAGCAGCUGCUGUCUUCAUUGUUAAGAAUCCACACAAUAUUGAUCGCCAUGCCCGUACUGUUUUCCCUACAGCGUUUCUCUUUGUAAACAUCCUGUAUUGGCUGUAUUAUCUCUUUCUCUGAGUUCCAAUUACAGGCUGCCAGAUAGUUCAUUUCACUACCCUGAAGCUUUCCUACCUCCUCAUUGUGGCUGGACCUGAAAAUAUCUGAUAAAACAUUUUAUAGCAUGCAGAUAAAACUUGUUUUAGGGCAACAAAUACAAGAGAAACAGCUAGUCAGGACUGUGCUCUCUGCUGAAAUGUGCUGUUAAUCGUGUGUAAAUGAACAGCUCUUCAAGUAUCAGUAUAGGGCGUAUAUGAUGAAAAUGAUGCUUAAGAUGUGUAAACAUGUUUUUACAGUGCCUUCACAAAGUAUUAAUACUCACUGAACUUUUCCACAUGUUAUGGUUACAACUGCAAACUUCAAUGUGUUUUAUUGGGAUUUUAUGUGAUAUACCAAUCAAAAAAAGUGUAUAAUUGUGAAGUGGAAAAAACAGAUUGUCAAUUAUUUUAUUAAAAUAUUUGCAUCUGUUGCUAUGUAGCCCUUUUGAGUCACCACCUUUUAGUGCAAAUGUUGCCGCAAGUAUCUUGGGCUAUGUCUCUACUAGCUUUGCACAUCUUGAGGCUGGAUUUUCUGCCCACUCCUUUUUUGCUAAACAGCGGAAGUUCAAUCAGAUUAGAUGAAAACAUCAAUCAACAGGUUUUCAGGUCUGACAAGAGACUCAUUAUCGGAUUUACGAAAGCUGAUUCUUUCGAAUGAAGCUUUGGGAGGAUGUGUAGAGCCCUACUAGAAAGUAACCUCUGUCCCAGGCUUAAGUCUCAUUCGCCCUCUAAUAGGUUUUUCCUCGAAGAUCCGCUGGAGGAUUCCCUGGAGGAUUCACCCCACAGCAUGAUACUUCAACUCCCAUGUUUCACCAUGGUUCUGCUUUUUAUAAUGUGAUGCACAUUGUUAGUUUUCUGCCACAUAUAAUAUUUUAAAUGUAGCCCCAUAAGUCAGUGCUGGUCUCAUCUGACCAGACCAUAUUCUUUCACAUGUUUGCUGUAUCUCCUACUGUUGUGGCAAACUGUAUGUUGGAUUUUUUUCAGCAAUGGCUUUUCUGUUGCCACUCCCCCAUAUUGGCCAAAGGAGAACACAACCUGCACACUAGUGCCAACAGUCAACUUAUGUCAACUGUGAUCUUUCGUACACUCUGAAGAAUAUAUAAAGCAUACCCUAAUGAUUUGGCUGUUCUAAUUAACCUGCAAAACAUCUGCUGAACUCUAUAUUUUGUGUGCUGCUGUUGCUGCCAGUGUCGGGUUGGUUCUCUUCAGCUCCCACCCCACCCCAGCACCCCCCUUUGACACCAAGGUCCAAGGAGACUUUCUUCUCGUUUCCUGACAUGCGGAAGACAUGUUCAUGGAGACAAAGAUGCAUGCUUCACUCCAUGACAUGAUGAGCAGCAUGGCCAUGAAGUGAUGAGCUCAAAGCCUACUGUAAAUGCCAAACUCAAACCUAUACUACACUGGCUCAUGAAGAUGUAUUUAAACAUCUACAGGUGAGUUGCCUGACUGAACUAGUAGUUGUUGAGUUCUUUAAACAUAGUUUUGUCUUCUUGCCACAUGUCCGGAAAUAGUUGUCCUUUCGAUAGAUUCUCCCAUCUGUGCUGAGGAACUCUACAGCUCCUCCAGAGUUACUAUAGGUUUCUUGGCUGCUUCUCUGGUUAAAGCACCCCACUUUACCAUACAGUCAGGUAAGGGGAAUGGCCAUGUCUUGGUAGGUUUGCAGUUUUGCCAUACUCUUUGCAUUUUCAAAUCAUGUAUUGAACACUACUUUAGAUUUUUUGAAGUUUGGGAUAUUUUUUCACUAAUGGUUUUUAACAAACCUCUGAGGCCUUGACAAAACAGUAUUUAUACGAGAUUACGUUACACACAGUGGACUCUAUUUGCUUAUUUGGUUGACUUUUGAAUACAGUUAGUUGGACUGGAUUUUAUUAAGCAGUAUCAGAUUAACCUGUAUACAAAUACAGGCUCCACUUUUCUUUUUUUAUUUGAAAAAAUACUGAAAACCAUCCUUAUCUUUCCACUUAAGAAAAAUGUAUUACUUUGUGUCGGUCUGUCACGUACAAUCCUAAAUAAAUACAUUUGUGUUUGUGGAUGGAAUGUGACAAAACAUGGAAAAGUUCAAGGGGUGUGAAUAGUUUUUCAAGGUACCGUAACAGUAGGAUGCUGAAUUCCAAAACAGUCUGUGCUGCAUUGAUGCCUUUAUUAAAGAAAUCAUAUAAAUGUG